CUGAGGUGUGAAAUUAAUUUGACUAGGAAAAAACACGACAGCGUGUUGAUUGUGCAAGAAACCUGUGAUGUUUUGAACGAAGGUGGAGAUAGAAAACCAGAAAUGGCGGGAAGGACAAAAAUGAGAUGUCACUAUGAGGUUCUGAGUGUAGAGAGGGAUGCCGGUGCCGAAGAUCUCAAGAAAUCCUACAGAAAACUGGCUUUAAAAUGGCAUCCAGAUAAAAAUCCUGACAAUAUUGAUGAAUGUACGGCACAGUUCCGACUUGUACAGCAGGCAUAUGAUGUACUCAGUGACCCACAGGAGCGUGCAUGGUAUGACAGACACAGAGAGGCCAUACUCAAGGGAGGCCUAGGUCACGGUGACGACUACGAAGACGACAGUUUGGACGUGUUUCAGUACUUCAAUUCCUCUUGUUACUCUGGAUUCGACGACGAUGAAAAUGGAUUUUACUGUGUAUACAAGGAUGUAUUUACAAAGGUGUCUGAAGAAGAUUACAUUUUCAUGGAUGAUGAUGAAAGUGACUGUGAUUUUCCAGAAUUUGGUGAUUCUAAGAGUUCUUAUGAAGAAGUGGUGAAGCCAUUCUACGACUUCUGGGAGAGUUUCCAGACAGCCAAGUCAUUUGUGUGGGUGGAGAAAUAUGAUACAAGGGAGGCACCAGACCGCCGAUGUCGCAGGCUCAUGGAGGCUGAAAACAAGAAGCUAAGGGAUGUCGCCAAAAAGGAGAGGAAUGAACAGAUUAGGGCCUUGGUGAAGUUUAUAAAGAAACGUGACAAACGAGUACAAGCAUACAAAAAACUUUUGGAGGAAAGGAAUGAAGAAAUAAAGAAGAAAACUAAAGAAAACCGAGAGAGACAGAUCAAAGAAAAGCAGAAGAAAAUGGAGAACUACAAAGAGACGGACUGGUCAGCCAUGACAGAGCUCGAGGAUGACCUACAGAAGCUAGAGAAAAGUCUGUCUCACCAGUUUGGGGAGGUGCACGCAGAAGAAGACGGGAGUGAAGAAGGGGAUCAGAGGAAUGAGGAGGAGGAAGAAGAAGAAGAGGAAUACUAUGAUGACUUCUUCUGUGUAGCCUGUAACAAGGCGUUCAAGAGUGAUAAAGCAUUUUCAAAUCAUGAGCGGUCCAAGAAACACAAAGAAAAUGUAGCAUUUUUACGACAACAGAUGCAAGAAGAGGAUAGCGAGCUGGCAGAGGUUUUGGAGGGGCUUGACCUCGGAGAUGACCUGGGUACAGAGCCUCGGGAAGAGGAGGAGGAAACCAAACAAAAAUUGUCAAAAAAACAGAAGAAGAAGAGGAAACAACAGAAGCGUGCCACAUUUGAGGAAGAGGAGGAGGAGGAUGACGAGGAUGACGAACUCUCCAAGGCAGUCAAUGGAUUAGUGUGUGAGGAGGCUGAGGCCGAUACACAGGACACAAGAAAAGAAAAAACAAAGAAAAAAUGGAAAAAGAAAGGCAAUGAACAAGAAGAUGAUGAAAGUGUAAAGACAGAAGAAACUCAGACAAACAAGAGUUUACAAGAUGGUACCACUGACAAAACUGACCAGGAGGCUGACAAGGCGACUGGCCUUGCUGGGGAGACAAGUUGUAAUGGUGGUGUAGAUGGAGAAUCAGAACAGCCGUCGGUAGAGAACGAUGAAAAGGAAUCUGAUGACCUUGCUGCCACACACAACUCUCAAAGUGAUAAACAUUCUGGAAACACUCGACAAGAAAAACCUACACAGAUUUUCAAGUGCAACAUAUGUAGCAGUGUCUUUCCUACAAGGAACAAAAUGUUUGACCACAUCAAGAAAGAGGGCCAUGCAAUUAAAUUGGACGCCCCACCCCAGGAGACCACGACGAGGGACAGGAAAAACAAGCGCAAGGGUGUGACAGGCAUUCACGACAACGCUUAUAAUGUGGAGGAACAGAACAGAUUCUGUAAUGGUGAAGAUGGAGAAUCGGAGCAGCCGUCAGUAGAGAACGAUGGAAAGGAAUCUGAUGAUCUCGCUGCCACACACAACUCUCAAAUUGAUAAACAUUCUGGAAACACUCGACAAGAAAAACCUACCCAGAUUUUUAAGUGCAACAUAUGUAGCAGUGUCUUUCCUACAAGGAACAAAAUGUUUGACCACAUCAAGAAAGAGGGCCAUGCAAUUAAAUUGGACGCCCCACCCCCAGGAGACCACGAAAAGGGACAGGAAAAACAAGCGCAAGGGCAAGAGAUGACAGGAGCCGUCCGCCUAAUUUAUUGUCUUUCACUAUUAAAUUGAUGUACAUGUAUA